AUGUCGCACGUUCCAAUUGCCACCGACUGGGACUGGCCCCUCCAGCACAACGACGGCAUCGUCCAUGUGAGUUUUUUUUUCACUAGAAGGAUGAUAAACUUUUUUCAAGGUCCGCCACACCGACGACAAGUUCGAGGUCGGAUUGGACGCCUCCUUCUUCACCCCCAAGGAAAUUGACGUCAAGGUCAACGGCCGUGAGCUGGUCAUUCACUUGAGACAUGAGGUUGGACAUUUUUUUGGUCUGAAGAAUGAUCUGUGCUCUCUUUUCCCCUAUUGGCAAGGUAGACAUUUAAAAAAGGGUGUGUAGAAAUUAGAGGAAUUUUUUUCCCAGUUCUAAUAGUAUGAAAAGGGUGCUCCCGUUUAAACUCUAAUUUUUCGAAAUGCUCCCUUUGCUGAAAAUUUUUUUUCAAGUUUCAAGCAGAAUCUAGGAUCAUAAAGCACCAGAGGUGAAAGAAAAGUUAACCUUAAAUCUCUCCUAAAAAUUCCCUACAUGAAAACUUGUUACGAAAAGAUAGAGUAAUCAUUUGAAAACCGAACUAUGGAAAAUAAUCUUUUUUAGUAGAGAUUUUUUAAAGACUAUGAAACUUUGCAACAUUUGAAAUGAGUUUCCGAUUUUUCUAAUCUUCCCACUAGACUCCCUCCUUCAGGAACGAGACGGCCAGUUCGGUGCGGUCAGACGUGAAGUCCACCGAACCUACCAUCUGCCUGAAGAUAUCGACGAGAAAACUGUCAAGUCUCACCUGAACGCCAGUGGCGUCCUCAACAUCACCGCCGAGAAGAAGAAGUAA